AGCAAGGGGUGGCCUACCUUCGCAGCAAUCGGCCAUGGAGGCAGAAAAAACCUUGCAGCACCGCGAGAGAGCGAUGGGGGCGCACUGCUCCCUCGGCGUUGAUCAUGGUUGGAACACCUCCACCUGCUGCCUCCACAACGCUUGAAAGAUCGGCAACCCCGAGCGACGGAGCAGGGGAAGGAGAGGCGGCGGUGGUGAGAUCGUGGUGCGGGAAGUCGUGAGGGAAACAGGCGGCGGCGGCCGUGUUCUGGCCGACCCUCACGAAGACACAGCUGAGAGAGAGAAGGAUCCAAUAAGAGCAGAGAAGCACAGGAGCCGGCGGCGAUGGCAUGGCGGUCGAGCCUGUCCCGGAGCGUGAAGGAGAUCCGCUUCCUCUUCUGCCAGUCUUCCCCAGCCAGCGGCCCCGCCCGGGAGUUCGUGAAGAAGAACUACGGGGACAUCAAGACCCACAACCCCGCUCUCCCCAUCCUCAUCCGGGAGUGCUCCGGCGUCCAGCCUCAGCUGUGGGCGCGCUACGAUAUGGGUGUUGAGAGGUGUGUGCACUUGGAUGGCUUAACGGAAGCCCAGAUUGACAAGAAGUUAGAGGAGCUGGCCAAGCAGGGAGCGCAUAAGGCUAAAUAGGCUAGCCAAGUUUUCUUGCGUUGAAUCUUCCCAAAUAAGAGAAAUGGUAACAUGAGAUGUUGUGUUGACCUGAUUUCAGUACCAUGAUUGUACACAAUUCUUGAAUUUGUACAACUGAUUUCCGAGAAUUUAACUGUUUUUCCUCUCAUUCCUCAAGGGCUGUAUUUCAUCUGAA